AGCCACCAUGAACAAAUCACCCAAAAAGCAACCUUCCCCAGACAUGCCACAUUUAGAUCUGCAUCGCCAGCAAGAUUCCAACUGACUACAACAACCUAGAAAACCUACAUUGGGCUCAAUGCCGGGCUUUUCCUGAGGGUUAUGUGAAUUCUUCCCACCUCUUUCCCCUACCAGGCCAUUUGGAACUAUUCCACCCCCUGUCUAGUUCUUGAACAGUGAGCCGCAUUUUACUGUUGGCUUUCUGUGAGACUGAACAGUACAAGAGAACCUGAGGUUCCAUGCAUUUCGAGCACUUUAUCUCCCCUGAAAAGAGCCAUUCUGCUGAUACUGGAGGUAAUCCUGAGGAAGGAGAGGCUGGUUUGGGGAGAAAACCCCCUUUCCUGGUAACAUCAUCUUCCUUCCAGAUCUUUGGGCUCUACCCCUGAGAUAGCUGGGGUAGUAGCUAUGUUCUGGCUCCAGCUUCCCAGUGUCCUAUUCUCAGCAGAGCAAGUCCAGGAUUUCCUGGUACUGUGUCUGUUGUUUGUUUUGGCUUCUAUCUGUCAUACAAUAUCUAUCAGCUUAAUGUAUCCCCAUCUAUAAUAUGGCUAAUUUCAUAUCUGCUCUUCCACUCCACCCCACUUCCUGCAUUAUUGAUGGGCUGUGCACUUUAGAAAAAUCAAUUAGAAUAGGGUGUGGAAACAGAGUUAAAAGAGAAAAGAGGUCUUUAAAAGUCUCCUGGUUUUUGCUACUUUGAAUAGGCGCACAUAAAACCUUCUCUUCAUAAGUCCAGCCAAGGAUCAGCCUGUCUCUGAUUGGCCAGGGCUGAGAAAAUGCGGUUAAGGUGCAAAUAUAAGCAAAUAUGACCCAUUGUCAGAUCAGCUAUCCUGGGCAGAGAGCUGUUCUCUGGCUGUGGAGCAGUUGGGUAAUUACUACAUCCUACUCACGGUGAGACAGGAAUCUAGUCUGGGGAAAAGACCAGUUACAUUUUAGUUUAGUCCUGAGAAGACAAACACCAUGUCUCUGAGUGGCGCCUUCAGGGCAGUGGGCAAUGACCCAGGAGUAAUCACUUGGAGAAUAGAGAAAAUGGAACUAGUGCUGGUGCCCCUGAGCCUUCAUGGCAAUUUCUACGAGGGAGACUGUUACGUGGUUCUCUCGACCCGGAGAUCUGGAAGCCUCUUAUGCCAGGAUAUCCACUACUGGAUUGGAAAGGACUCUUCUCAAGAUGAGCAGAGCUGUGCUGCCAUCUAUACCACCCAGCUAGAUGACUACCUGGGUGGCAGCCCAGUGCAACACCGGGAGGUUCAGUAUCAUGAAUCAGAGACUUUCCGAGGCUAUUUCAAACAGGGGAUCAUCUACAAGAAGGGAGGUGUGGCCUCUGGAAUGAAGCAUGUAGAGACCAACACCUAUGAUGUGAAGCGUCUACUGCAUGUGAAAGGGAAAAGGCACAUAGCUGCUACUGAAGUGGACGUGAGCUGGGACAGUUUUAACCUGGGCGAUGUGUUCUUGCUGGACCUUGGAAGAGUCAUCAUCCAGUGGAAUGGCCCAGAAAGCAACACUGGAGAACGGCUCAAGGCAAUGCUCCUAGCAAAGGAUAUUCGGGAUCGAGAGCGUGGGGGCCGUGCUGAAAUCGGUGUCAUUGAGGGAGACAAUGAGGCAGCCAGUUCAAACCUGAUGAAGAUCCUUCAGGACAUACUAGGUGAACGCUCCUUGAUCAAGCCUGCAACCUCUGAUGAGCUCUUAGAUCAAGAACAGAAAGCAAACAUCACAUUAUAUCAUGUCUCUGAUUCAGAUGGGCAGUUGACAGUCACAGAAGUAUCCACAAGGCCCCUCGUCCAAGAUUUACUGAAUCAUGAGGAUUGCUACAUCCUGGACCAUGGUGGAAGCAAGAUAUACGUCUGGAAAGGAAGGGGAGCCACCAAGAUUGAGAAACAGACUGCUAUGUCCAAAGCUCUGGGCUUUAUUAAGAUGAAGGGUUAUCCAAGCAGCACCAACGUGGAGACUAUCAAUGACGGAGCCGAGUCUGCCAUGUUCAAGCAGCUGUUUCAGAAGUGGACAGUGAAGGAUCAGACCUUAGGCUUAGGAAAAACCUUCAGCAUGAAUAAAAUUGCCAAAGUCAUUCAGGACAAGUUUGAUGUGACUCUACUUCACACAAAGUCAGAUGUAGCAGCCCAAGAAAGGAUGGUUGAUGAUGGGAAUGGAAACGUUGAGGUUUGGAGAAUUGAAAAUCUGGAACUAGUCCCAGUUGAACGUCAGUGGUAUGGCUUUUUCUAUGGAGGAGACUGUUACCUGGUUCUCUACACAUAUGAAGUGAACUACAAGUCACAUUAUAUCCUAUACAUCUGGCAGGGUCGACACGCUUCCAAGGAUGAGUUGACAGCUUCAGCUUACCAAGCUGUGGAACUGGAUAGACAGUUUGGGGGCACUCCAGUGCAGGUGUUGGUCAGCAUGGGGAAAGAACCACGCCACUUUAUGGCCAUCUUCAAAGGAAAGCUUGUCAUUUUUGAGGGAGGAACAUCUAGGAAGGCAAGUGCUGAGCCUGACCCCCCUGUGAGACUCUUCCAGAUUCAAGGGCAUGAUGAAACCAAUACCAAAGCUGUAGAGGUGCCAGCAUUUGCCUCUUCGCUGAAUUCCAAUGAUGUCUUUCUGCUGCGGACACAAAAUGAGCACUACCUCUGGUAUGGAAAGGGUUCCAGUGGUGAUGAGCGAGCAAUGGCAAAGGAAUUAGCUAGAGUGCUUUGUGAUGGCACUGAGGACACUGUGGCUGAAGGACAGGAGCCAGCAGCAUUUUGGGACUCAUUGGGAGGAAAAGUCCCUUAUGCCAAUGAUAAAAGGCUCCAACAGGAAAUCCUUGAUGUCCAGCCACGGCUCUUUGAAUGUUCCAAUAAGACUGGUCGGUUCAUUAUUACUGAGAUCACAGACUUUACACAGGAUGACCUAAACCCAAGUGAUGUGAUGCUCUUAGAUACCUGGGACCAGGUAUUCUUAUGGAUUGGUGCAGAAGCUAAUGCCACAGAAAAAGAGGGAGCCUUCACUUCUGCCCAGGAGUAUCUACGCACUCAUCCCAGUGGCCGGGAGACUGACACACCAAUCCUCAUCAUCAAACAGGGGUUUGAGCCACCCAUCUUUACAGGCUGGUUCUUGGCCUGGGACCCUCAUAUCUGGAGUGAAGGCAAAUCAUAUGAACAGUUAAAGAAAGAGCUGGGAGACACUGAUGCAAUUGUGAGAAUCACUGCUGACAUGAAUGGUGCUUCCCUUCUGAAAACUGGUGGCAGUGAACAAAAAUACUAUCCUAUGGAAGUGCUGCUGAAAAAUCAGCAACAUGAGCUACCUAAGGAUGUAGACCCUGCCAAAAAGGAGAAUUACCUCUCUGAUGAAGAUUUUGUUGCUGUAUUUGGCAUCACCAGAGGGAAAUUUGCAGCUUUGCCUGGCUGGAAACAACUCAACCUGAAGAAAGAAAAGGGGCUUUUUUAAAUGGAAGUGAAUGCCUAUUUGAGGUCAUACUAGAGAACAGAUAGUGCCAAUUGUGGGGAAAGAAAUUAACUGUUUAGCACAAUGUACUUGGCUACUUAUAGAAGCAAGAAUUUUGCAGAGUGCAGUAUACUACCUAGGAUGAGUAUCUCUGCCAUUAUUUAAUUGUUUGAAUACAUAUAGUAACUAUCAUUCUGAUUUCUGCAUGAAUUUAGAGAAACCAAAGCAGAAAAACAUAGACAUUAAGUUAUAUAGUUCAUCUAUCAAAGUUUCCAAACCUAAAAUAUUAUCUUGGGGGCAACAGUUUAAUUUUGGUGUUCAGAUAUCAACAUCGUUAAUCCAAAAAAAGGGGGCAAUUCAAAAGUCACUGAAAUCUGUUAACAAUUUUCAUACACCUCCUGUUAACUCCCAAACAUCUUCUCAAAUUAAGGCCUCUCUCCAAGAUGAGGGAAUGUUAUCAACAUCUUUAUUUGCUCAUAUAACAAAUACAGCAUAUAUUUCA